AUCGAGUAGAUGAAAUAUUCGCGAUGUCUAACAUAAGAUCUUUUGGUGAUUUUGAUGAUGCUGCUACGCAUCAACCAUAUUCUUUUGCAGGAGGACACAACAGUGCAAUAGGCGUAGAAGAGGGACACACAGUCCAUUUAUAUUCCGAUGGAUUUACAGUAGAUGGAGGCCCAUUUAGAUCCCUCAAUCAUCCGGAGAAUGCAUUAUUUUUGUCUGCCGUUAGGGAUGGUGUGGCACCGCCAGAGUUACAUACUGAAGGCCAAGAUGUCAGAGUGUACUUGAUUGAUGAUUCACAUCGCAAGUAUAUGAUGAAAACGUCGGAAAGCAACUUGCAAAGUACAUCGCUAAGUAAAUCUGCAGGAGUCUCAAACGUCGAGCACAUUUCUAUGGAAUCGACUUCAAGCGAAACCGUUACAAUUAGGAUAAAACUCUAUGACAACCGUCAAAUCCAUUUGAAGGUAGGAAAUAAUACAUCAAUUGGGGAGCUUCGUUCUCUAAUUGCUGACAAGAGUGGGUUGCCCACAUCUUCAUUCCAUAUUUUAAGCGGAUUUCCUCCGACGAAUAUGAAGUGGAAUGAUUUUGAGACUGUGAGUGACCAUGAUCUUUCAGGCUCUACCAUUAUACAACGUGUAAUAACAUAACAUAACAUAACGUAAUAGGAAUUGCUAAUUGACAAAAUUCCUGUGUUAAUGGAACUGCUGUGCAAUUAUUUUUCUAA